AUGAUCAUUGCAACUUGGAACAACAUGAAAGAUGUUGAAUUGGAGAUAAUUGAGGGCAAAGAGAGGAUAGAGAAAUUAGCCAGCCAAGUUGUGCAGGCCAGCGAACGUCAAGAAAUAGAAGAGCGCGAGCGUAAGUUGGCCGUGUGCAAGAACGAAAAUGAGAAAAAGUCCCGCCGUUUGGCCGAGUUAAAGCAGUCACUACAGACCUUCACUUCUGCUCACGAUUUGGUUAAGGAGCAGUUGCUUGGGGUUAUGCAGGAGAUACAGCAAGGAGUUGCCAAGCAAAAGGAAUGUCUGGCAGGACUGAGCCAGAAGGACCGUUCUAAAGGCUAGUACUUGAAGAAACCGAAGACAUUUCCAUGAAAAUUCAGCAGCUGAUGGAACAGUUAGCCUCCAAGCAAGAGAAGAUUUCACUGCUACACAUGUCAUGGAAGCUGAAGAAGGAGAGCCUCCAACACGAAGUUAACCAGCGCAAGUCAACUCUGGAGGAGAUGCGGCGCAAUCAGACUGCGGAGAGAUUGUUCUCCAGGACAUGGAAG